CGUUUGACUGCUGAAGAAAUUGGCAGCAAAUAGUUUGUUUGAACUUUUCGUGUCGGAAAUUGGACGAUAUGAAGACAUUGAUGCUACUGGUUUUAACCUUCGGAUGGAGCUCUGGAGAACUCAGUAAACCUGUUCCACAUAAAAAAAGGGAACUCCCACCAGACACAAGCGAACGUGUGAUGUCUACGCACACUUUUGACACCAAAUCAUCGGAUUCAAACCAUUAUGGACACAAGUUCUACAGAGAGGUUACCAUCACCAAGAACGUUCCCGUUCCGUACCCGGUGAAAAUUGAACGACACGUGGCGGUCCCGGUGCAGGUACCAUACCCGAUAACGGUUCAGAAGCGAGUGCCAAUUAUGGUCGAGCGAAAAAUCCCAAUCUACGUUGACAAACCAAUCCCAGUGCAAGUGGACCGUCCGGUGCCUUAUCCUCUGCCAAUCGAAGUGCCAGUGUUUCACAAAGUGGCCGUUGAAGUGCCGAAGCCAUAUCCGGUGCACAUUCCCAGCCCCUAUCCGGUGUACAUCCAGCAGCCAUUGUAUGUCAAACAUUCGAGACCCAAUCGCAUCAAGAAGCAUACGAUUAGAAUGGUACGGUCUAUGCAUUGAUUGCAAACGUGCAAUCAGUUUUAGGCUUUGUGAGAUCAUGUGCUAGUGUAAAUAUUUAUUUAUGAGCGUAUUAUUAGAAUAUAAAUAUUUAAUUGCCGUUUCA